CCGGAAGUGUUGUUUUGGGAGGGGAGGCAGACGCCGUGUGAGGCGCUCGCUGGGUCGGUUGCCGGUUCGUCGCUGUCGCCGUCGCGGGCCCGGCCGGGAGGAGGGCAAGAUGGUGCUGGAGAGCACGAUGGUGUGUGUUGACAACAGUGAGUACAUGAGGAAUGGGGACUUCUUACCAACUCGCCUGCAAGCCCAACAAGAUGCUGUCAACAUCGUCUGUCAUUCAAAGACCCGGAGUAACCCUGAGAACAAUGUCGGCCUUAUCACUUUAGCCAAUAACUGUGAAGUGUUGACAACGCUGACCCCGGACACAGGCCGCAUCCUCUCCAAGCUCCAUUCGGUGCAGCCCAAAGGGAAGAUCACCUUCUGCACGGGGAUCCGAGUGGCCCACCUGGCUUUGAAACACCGUCAAGGCAAGAACCACAAGAUGCGCAUCAUUGCCUUUGUGGGAAGCCCUGUGGAGGACAACGAGAAAGACCUGGUGAAACUGGCCAAGCGCCUGAAGAAGGAGAAGGUCAACGUGGACAUCAUCAACUUUGGCGAGGAGGAAGCCAACACGGAUAAGCUGACAGCCUUUAUCAACACCCUGAAUGGCAAGGAUGGCACCGGCUCCCACCUCGUGACCGUGCCUCCUGGCCCGAGUCUGGCUGAUGCACUCAUCAGCUCUCCAAUCCUGGCUGGAGAAGGGGGAGCCAUGCUGGGGCUCGGAGCCAGCGACUUUGAGUUUGGCGUGGACCCCAGCGCUGACCCAGAGCUGGCUUUGGCCCUCCGCGUGUCCAUGGAGGAGCAGAGGCAGAGGCAAGAGGAGGAGGCCAGGCGGGCUGCUGCAGCGUCUGCCGCAGAAGCCGGCAUUCCGGCCACCGGCGGGGAUGAGUCCGACGAUGCCUUGCUCAAGAUGACCAUUGGUCAGCAAGAAUUUGGCAGGGCCGGCUUGCCCGAUCUCAGCACCAUGACUGAAGAGGAGCAGAUCGCUUAUGCCAUGCAGAUGUCUCUGCAGGGAGCCGAAUUUGGGCAGGGCGAGUCAGCCGAAGUGGACAGCAGUGCGGAGAUGGACACGUCGGAACCCACCAAGGAAGAAGACGACUAUGACGUCAUGCAGGAUCCCGAAUUCCUGCAGAGCGUCCUCGAGAACCUGCCGGGCGUCGACCCCAACAAUGAGGCCAUCCGCAACGCCAUGGGCUCGCUGGCCUCCCAGGCCUCCAAAGAGAGCAAAGACAAAAACGAGGAAGAAAAGAAAUGACGCCACUUGGGCCUCGGCCCUCUCUCGCGCUCCCUUGUGCAUGGUCAGGAGCCCCUCCGCUCUGCAUGCCCCGGGUUGCCUAGCCAAAUCCCCACGGUUUCCGUAAUCUUUCCUCUCUGGGCUAGCUGGGGAACCGUCACUGAGGUCGGGGAGGGGAGGGAGUAGGACUUUUUUUGGUUGUGGGUUUAACAAGUAUUAAAACAUUAAAUUUU